AUGCAGGGGUUGAAAGAGGAAGCCACGAUGGUGCCUGGUGAGGUUCCUCCAGACCUUUCCAACGAGGAGGCAGAGAUUGAAACCCUGUCACUCCGCGAUGCUCCGGCGCUGGAGGGAGACGACUACCUAGACACUGGCCGUCGAAGUGAGGGUGGGCCCCCUCCUCUGGUAGAAUCUGCCUCCCAGAACGAUUUCUUGAAGGUAGACAGGAACGGAGUUCUGACAGCCCAAAGUAGAAGGAGGACUUCCAAUGGAAGUCAGAAGCUAGACAUCCUCAUCAACGAUGAAGUAGCAAGCAAGGGGUUUGGGGAGGCUAAGGACAUCGACGUGGAGUACUUGCCAGGACAGGACAAGAACGCGCGGCCGUAUAGCGUGCCAGGAUCGGCAUGGAGUGAGAGCAGAUUGGACCUGGAUGCCCGGAAGGAUCCACAAGCUGAGGAGUUCCAGCAGAUGAAGAUUGCAGUGGAGCAGAUCUUGGAGUUCAAGGUUCGUCAGAGAAAGGAGGCUCAAGGGGCCUUCAAAUGGGACAUGAUCAGCCUAGCGGUCUACUUGAUCUUCUUGAUCAUCUUCUCGGUCUACUUCAUCUACGUCUACGGCGAUACCCAGACUAGAAUUAUCUACGAUACCAAAUCAGCCGUGGAAAACAUCGUAGCUAACUCAGGGGGCUACGGGGUACCUGCCACCUACUCUUUGUCGAGUAUGGCUUAUAUCAAUGACAUCUACACCUACCUUUCGAACGUCAUCGUCCCGGUGAUCUCCUUGACGAACCUCACGAAGCUGGAUCCCCGCUGCGAGCCUGACGGGAGGAGCAAGAACCAGAUCUGCCUGACUCCGUCUAGUCCACUUUACCAAGAGAGCUUGUGCUGCCUUACAAUCCAGCCAAACCCAUCGGUUUUUGUCACAGGGGGGAACGUGCUGAUGAACUAUUUCAGGAUUCGGCAGCUGAGAGUUCGACAGACCACCAACUCAAAUCUCGGGGUAAAGAUUGCAAUGUAUCCAUCAUUCGAUGUGGAUACCCAAGAGACCCAUGAUGGGGGCGGGACUCUGCCUACUGAAGAUCCAACUGGGCUGAGAAUCGACUGGCCUUCAGGCAAGAGUUGGUACAGGUACACACCCUGCUACACAGAUUGUUAUGUCGAAGACUCCAAGGCAACACUCCUCAACGUGUACACGUCUGGUGGAUAUGUUGCUUGGCUGAAUGGCACCACGGAGGACAUGUUGGCUGAAGUCCAGGAUCUGAAGAAAUACGAAUUUAUCGAUGAAUCAACAAGGGCAUUGUUCAUGGACUUUGCGGUAUUCUUCCCCGCUCGGAACCUCUUCAGUGUCACAACAGUCUUGAUAGAGUUGACGGCAGCCGGAGGCUUCUAUUCGAGCUAUGUGAUACGAGUGAGUGACCUGCGUCAGUCAAUGUCUCAGUUGUGGAUUAUCUGGGAACUUUGUAUCUACGGGUAUGCGCUCGGGGUGUUGAUGAUCAUCGAUAUUGUCAAACUCUUCAGGAGAGGGAUCGCGUUCUUCAGAGAUGGGUGGAACUAUCUCAGCAUGGUCAAGUACUCGUUCUUCGUCUGGGGUCUCUUCAUUCGAGUUACACUUGACAGCAAGAUAUCAAGAAUAGGAGACAUGGUGCCUCAAGGGGACAUGGCGAACAAUUUUCCGUGGCUCAGUGUAAUGUACCAAGAGGAUUUCUACAACCUGCUGUUUGGAGCCAGUGCUUUGCUGUCUUGGAUAGGCCUGCUCAAUUACGUGGAAGCCAUUUCUCCUGGAACGAGGGAGCUCACGGGGACCCUGGCUGGUUCAGCGUCGCAUCUCAAGACCUUUGUGGUCUUGCUCUUCAUCUUCUAUGUGGGCUACUCAAAGGCUUUCACCCUCGCGUACGGUUCGCAGCUCAAGGAUUUUUCUAGCAUCCAAUACAGCAUGAUCUCGCUCUUCCAGAUCAUCAUUGGCCAAUCAGAUUAUCAAAGUCUUGCUAAUGUCCAUAGGACGGUCACUCCUAUCCUCUUUAUCAGCUUUGUGAUCUUUCUGCUGUUUAUCAUGCUCAACAUGUUCCUUGCCGUGGUCAUGAAGACUUAUGAUCAAGUCCAUGAGUCCCUGGCAGACAAGUCGAAGAACUUCGUGACUGGAACAAGCCUCAUGCGUCAGAAAGCAAGGGAGUUCUGGAAGACCUUGACGGUGAAGUCAGUCGAUGAGCUCUUGAGCAUGGACGAAAAGAAGGACUCGGGAAGGUUCGGAAUCUACGACGUCCGCAGCGUCUUCGAUCGUGAGAACUUAACGAAACGAGAGUUCCAACUGCUGUUCAGGGGAGACGAGAAGGCGCUGGAUAGGAUGGGAGUCAAGACUGUGGAGGAGCUGCUAUCAUUCGCUGACGUAUCCGGGGAUCCCAAGCUUUCUGUCAAUGAGGUCCGAGAGCACAGAGAGAAGAUCAAGAAUAUGGAGAGGAAUGAGGUCAAGACUCUUGAGGGAGCGGACCUAGAAGGGUUGAAGCAACAGAUCGCCGAGUCGAUGUUGCAAGCUCUACAAGCUCAUGCGGAAGAGCUGAAGAUCUUUGUCGAAAACCAGCUUUCUCAGGUCACCCUCCUGUUGUCAGGCUCCCAGGUCCAGCAGAUUCCACCACCUCCUCCAGAGGAUCAAGACUGAAGCCUUUGUUGAAAUGUGUUCCAAAUGUUGAUGAUGUAUAUUUCGCGGUCGCGCCAACCUGUUGCUGUACAGGACAACUUGUGAAUAGAUCCAACGAAUCUC